AUGGGUCGUGUCAUCAGAGCUCAACGUAAGGGAGCAGGUUCCAUCUUCAAAUCCCACACCCACCACCGCAAGGGUCAAGCCAAGUUCCGUAGCCUCGACUACGGCAAGAGAAAUGGAUACCUUAAGGGCGUCGUGAUGGAGAUCAUCCACGAUCCUGACCGUGGUGCGCCGUUAGCUCGCGUCACGUUCCGUCAUUCUUUCCGUUACAAGAAACAAAAGGACCUCUUCGUCGCCGCCGAAGGAAUGUACACUGGACAGUUCUUAUACUGCGGUAAGAAAGCCACUCUCGUUGUCGGAAAUGUUCUCCCACUUAGAGCUAUCCCUGAAGGAACUGUUGUCUGUAACGUCGAGCAUCAUGUCGGUGAUCGUGGUGUGCUCGCUAGAGCUUUUGGUGAUUACGCUAUCGUUAUUGCACACAACCCUGACAAUGAUACGACAACGAUCAAGUUGCCAUCUGGUUCCAAGAAGAUUGUUCCGAGUGGGUGCAGAGCUAUGAUUGGUCAAGUUCGUGGUGUGGCUAUGAAUCCAGUGGAGCAUCCUCAUGGAGGAGGUAACCAUCAGCACAUUGGUCACGCGAGUACGGUUAGAUUUGAUGAACCACCUGGACAGAAGGUUGGUCUUAUUUCUGCUAAAAGGAUUGGUCAUCUCAGAGGUCAAGCUGCUGCAUCUGCUGCCAAGGCUGAAUAG